UUUGUGGUCUGCACCGCCCACUACAGCAACAAGCAGCAGGUGACGCGACGGACCAAGCAGCGCAAGAAGACCAUUGAUCCGGAGUUCGACGAGGCCAUGUACUUUGAUCUCCAUAUCGAUGCCGAAGCGGGCAGCACAAACACCACAGCGAGUAAUAAGAGCACCGGUUCCCUGGAAUCCCCGGCCAACAAGGGCUACGCCAUAUACCCGCAGGGCGGAGCGGAUCUGGUGGAGAUAGUGGUGAGCAUUUGGCACGAUGCCCAUGAAGCGAUGUCCGAUAAAGUAUUCCUCGGCGAAGUGCGGCUUCCAAUGCUCAAUAAGCAGGAGCAGCAGGCGGUUUCCCCAUCGGCCUGGUAUUACCUGCAGCCCCGCUCCAUGACGCACAGAGGCUAUGUGGAGCGGGUUUUUGAGGCGAUCGCAAAGUGUGCGGGUAAGCAUUUCCCCAGCAAUCGAGAGGUGCGAUACUCCGUGGUGUCCGGCUUCAUCUUCCUGUGCUUCUUUGCACCGGCGAUUCUGGGACCCAAGCUCUUCGACCUGACUACCGAGCGCCUGGAUGCCCAGACGAGUCGCACGCUGACCCUAAUCUCCAAGACGAUCCAAUCGCUGGGUAACCUGGUCAGCUCCCGGUCAUCGCAACAGGAGUGCAAGGAAGUGUUCACCGUCGAGCUGUACAAGAAGUUCUGCACAAGGCAGCAUGUUGAUGCGGUAAAGCACUUUCUAGAGGUGAUCUCCACGCCCAGCCAGGCGAGCAGCAGCGUUCAUCCGGCGGCGUCGGCGACGCCACUGCAACCAGUAUUACUUACAGAGGGCCCGCCGACAAGCUAAACAAGGCCAUCAUCGAGUUCACCCUCAGCUGUGCUGGCUACUGCGUGGCCACCUAUGUGCUCGGAGUGGCCGAUCGGCACUCGGACAAUAUAAUGGUCAAAAGAAAUGGACAGCUUAACCUCAGCUCUUUC